AUGAGCGAGACCAAAACGGAAGGUGCUGAGGUGCCGGGACAGGUGGCUUCCACAUCAUACCAACCGCGACCAGCACGCAAGCAAGUGACACUGGCCAAGUUCAAUGCCAUCCGAGAAGCUUUCAGUGCUCGACCUGAAUCCGCUGGCACCUUCAACAUCUGGUACGAGAACUAUGCGGGCGUCGAUCGAGAAGAGAACGAAGCGCAAAAGGCAAAGCGCGAGACAAGAUGCGACAUUGCUCGUGACUCGGGCUACACAAAGGCAGACAUCACUCUAAGGACACAAGCCGCUCGAGUGCAGACAGGCGCCACCAUCACACCGGACGAGGCAGUCUACUGCUGUAUCCACUUUGCACGAGGAUGCUGUCCACAUGGAGUCGAGUGCAACUUCUUACAUAGACUGCCACGACCGAACGACUUCCCGAGCCAAGGACGCGAUUGCUUUGGUCGAGAGAAGCUCGGUAACUACAAAGACGACAUGAGCGGUACUGGGUCUCUUUCCAAGAUCAAUCGCACACUGUACGUCGGAAGGAUACAUGAGGAGCAUGGCGUAUCAUUACCCACCUCAACCAACUCGGCAUGGCGUGAUGGAGGAAAGACGCUCAAGGGUGGUCGCAGUGUCAAUCAUAUCAAGAACAAGAAUGGGCCACGUCCAAAACAAGAUCCCAAAUCGUAUCGACCUCAGCACAACUCAGUUAGACCGGAGACGGACAACGCAACAGAGCGCGUGGUACGUCGACACUUUAGCGAAUGGGGAGAGAUCGAUCGACUGCGUGUACUGACAGGCCGAUCCUGUGCCUUUGUCACGUACAAGUACGAAGCCAAUGCGCAAUUUGCAAAGGAGGCGAUGCUCAACCAGCCACUUGACCAUGACGAGAUCAUUAACGUUCGCUGGGCUUCAGAUGAUCCCAACCCAGCAGCACAGAAGAGGAAUCAAGAGCAGAUGCGGCGUGCAGGAGAAGCCGCCAUCAUAGCCAGCAUGUCAUCACAAGCUCUGGAAGCACAGCAAGCGUUGCGUGCGCUGGAAGCGCUCGAAAACCCGAAUGCUUCGAGCAGCGAUGCUAACUCAAAACGUCGACGUAUUGGUCAGGAGAGCUACGAGGACGAGAUGCGCAGGCUUGAUCAGGAGAACCAACGCGGAUGGGCAGAGCUUACACAACAGAAACAGGCUGCGUCGGCCGCAGCACAGGCUGGACCGGCUGCUGCUGUUCCGGCUACAAACUCAACGCAGAAUGGUGCAGACUCAUUGCUGAAUAGAGAGACGAUGUCAAAUCUGGCCUCUCUACAAACGAAGCAAGCAAAAGCCGCUUCUGCGCCUGCCUGUGGUCUGGACAGUCUUGCCGCUUACGGCAGUGAUAGCGAGGAUGGCAGCUGA